UGUGUAUAGGCCUUUGUGUGUUGCUGGGAUCCUGAUUUUGGAAAAAACAAACUUAUUAAGGAAUCAAAACCCUAUCCACCAAUCACAAACCCUUCCCGAUUGUUUUGAUUUAAAUCCUCCGACAGUAACUCUCAUUGAUCCAUCCGUGUCACACCUUCGCACAGUUGGAUUCGAAUCUGUCUGAGCUGGAAUUUUUUUUUUUUUUUUGGGUUAGAUCAGAUUGCAAAACUUUAAGAGUAAAAAAGCUGAGCUCUCUUGAUCUGAAACCAUACAUACGAAUUGAGAGUUUUCGAUAGAAUGAGUUAAGGAGGAAGAGAUGAGUGGAUUGGGGGUUCGAUCGAGUAGCUAUGGUUCCUUGAUGGACAAGACGAGUCUCUACGCCGUCGUUUUGCCUACGACGACGACUCGUACCAAGGCAUCUAAUAAGAUGAUGAUGCACAAGGAGAGGGUACAUUGGAUCUGCAAAUUCGCUGGUCGUAAGAAGGUCGGCAUGUUGCUCCUCUUCUUGAUCUCCGCCGUCGUCUUUCUCCGCGUCCUUUACGCCGGCAAAGGUGAAGAUGGUCGGGAAGUUCAAGUUCCUCCGAGUCUUCACUUCAAUGGCACUUCCGUUGUAAAUCAUUCAAUCUUGUUACCUACUAAUGAAGAUCAAAUUCAGAAUAUAUCUUCUUCUAUAGACACAAAUGUUAUACUCUCUCCUCCUCCUCCUCCUCCUCCUCCGCCUCCUAUACAUUUUCUUGGCUAUACGCUUCCUCAAGGACAUCCUUGUCACACUUUCACCUUACCUCCCCCUCCUUCCGACAGAAAACGAACUGGACCUCGCCCAUGCCCGGUAUGUUACCUUCCAGUCGAAGAAGCAGUUGCCUUGAUGCCAAGUGCUCCCUCCUUUUCCCCUCUUCUUAACAACUUAACGUAUAUACAUGAAGAACAGCUAAGUAGAGAGACAGAGUUUGGAGGGUCUGAUUUUGGUGGUUAUCCUACUUUGAAACAGAGGAAUCAUUCUUUUGAUGUUAAAGAAACAAUGAGCGUUCAUUGUGGGUUUGUUAAAGGACCUCAACCUGGUCGGAAUACAGGUUUUGACAUUGAUGAGGCUGAUCUUCUUGAAAUGAGGCAGUGCCGUGGGAUUGUUGUUGCCUCAGCUGUGUUUGAUGCUUUUGAUGAUGUAAAAGCCCCCAAAAAUAUCAGUAAACAUUCGGAGGAAACAGUUUGCUUCUACAUGUUUGUUGAUGAAGGAACUGAAUCAAUUUUGAAGAGAGAACGUGGCCUUAACGGCAACAAGACAGUAGGGAUAUGGAGAGUUGUUGUUGUGCAUAAUCUCCCUUAUUUAGAUGGAAGGCGCAAUGGAAAGGUGCCGAAGCUUCUUGUCCAUAGGAUGUUUCCAAAUGCUCGCUAUUCUUUAUGGAUUGAUGGAAAACUUGAGCUUGUCGUUGAUCCAUAUCAAAUUCUUGAGAGGUUCUUGUGGAGAAAAAAUGCUACAUUUGCAAUCUCUAAACAUUAUAGACGGUUUGAUGUCUUCGUGGAGGCUGAAGCAAAUAAAGCAGCUGGUAAAUAUGACAACGCCUCUAUAGACUUUCAGGUGGAGUUCUACAAGAAUGAAGGGUUAACCCCUUACUCCGUUGCAAAGCUCCCAAUCACAAGCGACGUCCCUGAGGGCUGUGUCAUUUUAAGAGAGCAUGUCCCCAUCAGCAACCUCUUCACUUGUCUUUGGUUCAACGAAGUAGACCGAUUCACUUCUAGAGAUCAAAUCAGUUUCUCAACUGUGAGAGACAAGAUUGCAGCUAAAACAAACUGGACAGUAAGCAUGUUCCUUGACUGCGAGCGACGCAACUUUGUAGUUCAGAAAUAUCAUCGAGCAGAACAAGAGAGAAUCGCAAGGCGAAAACCUCCAGCGCCUAAUCUUUCUCCUCCACCACCAUCACCACCAUCGCCGCCGCCUCCACUGCCAGCUACACCUGUUUUAAUAAGCAGCGACUUGCCUAAAAAAGUCUCAAGUGGAAGAGGGGGCAGCACAAGGCCGCCUAGAAGGCGUGGAAGAGGCAGACGGUCUAGUUCAAGAGGUAACAGGAAAGCUAACCUGCCUGCACUAUGACCAGAUUUAGAUAAAGACUGAAAGAAAACAAAAAGCCUCCUCUCAUCACCAACUUUACACGUUCAAAUUUUACCACACAGUAAUGUUCCCUUUUUUUUUGUUGUUUCUUUAUUGAUUAUAAGGAUUAAAAAAAAAAUCAAUUUUUAAUGUAUAUAAUAUUUACACGGACAUUUUGUACUUGGAUUAUAAAUUAUAGUUUCCCAAUUUUUGAAGAAAGUUAAA